AAAAAAAAAAAAAAAAAAACUAUCUUUGUGUGUUUGCGAGUUCCUCCAACGUUGUUCGUGUCAUGGCAGCUGUUUGGCAACAAGUUCUUGCACUGGAUGCUAAAUAUAAUGCCUAUCGAGCACCAAACAGUCCUCAUUUCCGGACACUCUAUAUCAGAAGACGGAGUCAGUUGCUAAGAGAAACAGCCAAAGUAGGUGAUCGGGAUCCCAAUGUAAGAAGAGAUUAUCUCCGUCUACGAAGCCAGCUCCUCACCGCACGAUAUGGAAGUCCAGCUUUCUCAGAUCAAAGCAGUUUACGUAGCCGUGCUUUGAGUUUACGUAGUCUCAGCAGGAACACAGUUGAAGUAAGCUCUAUUGGAUCCAGUAGCAAAAUGAGGCUUCGCAGGAGCCUGGAUUCUGGUGGACCUGUUAGUAGGAAACAAUGGCACCAAUUAAAGCAUGUCUAUGACAGUUCAAUGAAACAUAUUUAUGACAGUAUCGAAUUGGUACCAUCAAGUGUAGCAGAGGCCAGUAGUUUUGCACCUAUAUUUGAACAACCUGAUUGUGAGGAGAGGGCAAUGGCUGGAGGGAAGAGUGUAUCAGAGAAUUACGCUUUUGCAGGAAUGCAUCAUAUUUUUGAUCAACAUGCUGCUUCUGUUACCAGUGUCAAAUUUGCCAAUGAUGAUAAAUCGAGGGUAGCAUGUUCAUCCACAGACGGUACUCUAUCCAUCUGCCAACUCAUACCACCUCCAGCAACAGUCAUUUGCAUGUUACGGGGUCACGGCAGUGGGAUAACAGAUUUUUCUUGGUCCUCAUCAAAUGACAUCAUCCUCUCCGUUUCCUUGGAUGGUACUGCUCGUUUGUGGGAUGUGGCAGCGGGCAGCUGCAUCCGUGUCAUUGAAGACGGCAGUGGGGCUGAGCUGCUCUGUUGCCAUUUCCAGCCGUUAAACAAUAACAUGUUUGUUACGGGGAGCAAUCGCGGCCACGUACAAGUUAUGAAUGUUUCCACUGGUCAGUGCUGUAAGGGUGGAUCAGGGAAAGCUGCUGGAAGAAUCCUAACUCUAGCAUUCGAUUCCAAUGGACGUAUUUUAUGGACUGGAGAUGACAAAGGUUUCAUUUUCUCGUUCCUGUUUGAUAUUGCAACUGGAAAAUUAGCAAAAGGACGAAGAUGUAGUAUAAGGCAAACAGCAUAUUUCUACAGAAGGAGAGCUAACAGGUAUGUUCCUUUGUGUAUUUCCAGCAUUAUAUCAGAAGAUGGUGGUUUGCAACUGAAAAGAAAGUUUCCGAUCAAACACAGAACGGCUCAUGUUAAAAGUACAUUUUGUCCUCUGAUGUCAUUCAGACAAGGUGCAUGUGUCAUUUCUGGAAGUGAAGAUAUGUGUGUCUACUUUUUUGACAUUGCAAAAGAGAACAAAUCUUGUGUAAAUAAACUUCUUGGACAUUCUGCUCCGGUACUUGAUGUUUGCUUUAACUAUGAUGAAAGUCUGCUGGCUUCCUGCGAUGCUAAUGGUAUGGUUAUUAUUUGGAAGCGAGAAGGGAAACAGGGAACUUUGUAAAAACAUAAAUUCAUACAUUUGAUGCUUCAACUUCACUUUCAUCCUUUAAAACGUUAAAAAAAAAAGUAAAUGUAUGAAGGAUGAACCAGAAAAGCCAUAAAUUGAUAUGGUUAACAAAAAAAAAGUCUAAGUAUCACAUAAUAGUGUAUAGUGCUCAGGUGCACUACAACAUGUAUGUGUACUUACACAUAGUGUGUGUGUGUGUGUGUGAGUAUAUAUAUGUAUACACACAUUUAUUAUUCUUAAAUAAGAAUAUUAUUGACAGUGACAAGCCAUCAUCGACUGUGAUGGUUUAGCUGACUGAUAUUUCAAAGUCACUGUCAAAAGCGUUCUUAUAUAAAAAUAAUAAAUUUCUACUCAAGUGUAUAGAGUACCGCAUCAGAUUAAUGUAAAAUUGUUUUUAUUAUAACUAAACAUAAAAACAAACAUUAAUUAAACACACAUUGAAAAACACAUUCCCACAUGUAUACAAAUAUAAACACAUACAUUCAAGUAUAUUUAAAAGAAAAUUAAUAUUUAUAAAUAUUGAGAAUAAGUCACUCACCUUGACAAUAUUAAAUCAUUUUAUAUUUAAAAGACUUCAUGGUAGUUCUCUUGUAAAUAAUGAUUAAUAAUAAAAAGAUAUAUUUAAAUUGUA